GAUGUUGAUAACCAGUACAUGCGAGUUGACAGUAGUGAGGUAAGGUACACAGAAGGCUCCAGCUUGGAACUCCGUGUUGAUGUUGACAGCAGCCCAGAUGCUGACGUCACCCUAUUACGUAGCCAGACAAAGGUCGCAGUCGGUACUGGAAAAUAUGACAUAAAAUUAGACAACCUCCAGUGCAACCAUACAGGAACGUAUGACGUCAGGGCGACCAACUUUGUAACGCAGAAUAGAAGUAACGCCGACCCUUCGAGGAGACAGUUUGAACUUCAAGUCAGUUGUGUCCCACGAAGAUAUGGCGGCGUGAAUGCUGUGAUUGGAGUGGCAGGGAAAAAGGGUCAAACAGUCGUACUCAAUGUAACUGUGAUCGCCAACCCAACGCCCACGAUUCAAUGGUCAGAGGGUUUGAAAACACCUGAUGUCACAAAAAACAACGCCUAUAUGUACACUAUCAGGGGAAAGGUCACGGUCACCACAUGGUCAGACUUACUGAAGUACCACGUAAAUGUCACUAAUACCGUACCAGGGUUGCUGACCGUCCCAUUUGAGAUUCGUCCAGAAG